GAACGGACACUUUUAAAUGUAACACGCAUUUUCCUUUUCAUAUUGGUUCCGUUUCCAUCUGUCAGUCUGUGACGUUCUUUCCAGAGGACAGUGUGUUUGGGUUCUGUGAGAUGUCAAGAUACAGUCGGCACGGAGGAGAGACUAAAGUUUAUGUGGGGAACCUGGGCACUGGUGCAGGGAAAGGCGAACUCGAGCGGGCUUUCGGUUAUUACGGGCCUUUGAGAACUGUGUGGAUUGCCAGAAACCCUCCAGGAUUUGCCUUUGUGGAGUUUGAUGAUCCCAGAGAUGCUGAGGAUGCCGUCCGUGGCCUCGAUGGCAAAGUGAUCUGCGGAACCCGUGUGCGUGUAGAGUUAUCAACAGGUAUGCCGCGCCGCUCCCGUUACGACCGCCCACCCACUCGGCGCCCCUUCGACCCUAACGACCGUUGCUAUGAGUGCGGAGAGAAGGGACAUUACGCGUACGACUGUCACCGCUACAGUCGCCGCAGACGGAGCAGGUCUCGUUCUCGCUCCCGCUCUCGUGGAAGGAGGUAUUCUCGUUCCCACUCUCGCAGCCGGAGCCGAGGCAGGAGGUCGAGGUCCUUCUCUCCGCGCCGUUCCCGCUCAGGCUCUCCGCGGAGGUCCAGGUCUGGCACACCCAGAAGGUCCAGGUCUAGAUCACGAUCCAGAUCUCGCUCUCGCUCUGCCUCUCAUCCGAGGAGCAGAUCAGGCUCUGUUGGGAGAUCCAGGUCUGGUUCUGCAGCCAGGAGCCCUGGCAAAUCUAGAGCAUCACCUCAAAAACAAAGUCGCUCUCCUUCUCAAAGCCCCGGCAGAAGCAAGAGCCCAGAACGAGACGACUGAGGAUCCUUCAGCUAUCUUUUCUUUCUUUCUUAUCUUUCUCUCUAUCAUUGUUUGCAAGUCAGUUUGAAUUAAAUUUUUCUUUUUUUUCCCCCUUCUUGUUUACAUGACCAAUAUGGUCAUUGUUUACUUCAGUACAGGUAAAUCAGAAAGAUAAAGAAAUUGUGUGUUGCUUUAUAUUCAAUAGUUGAGAUAUCAGGAAUGACCUUUUGUGUGUGGUGUUUGUUUAUAGAAGUAAGAAAUAAUUUUAUCAUUGUGUAUUUCUUAUUGAAUACAGUAGCUGGUGUUUACAGUACAGAUAGGUUUGGAUUGUUUUGUGCUGUUUUUUUUUUUUUUUUUUUUUUUUAAAUAAAUGUGCUUAUUAAACUAAGUUCACAUUUCACAAAAA